AUGGGAGUCAGGAGGGGCAUGACACGGAUGCUACUGGAGUGUAGUUUCAGUGACAAAUUGUGCAUUGUCCAAGAAGGGCAGUAUGAAGUGAUUGUCAUCCCAGCCUUCUUUGUUGGUGCCUUCCUAGUCCUUCUUGCGGUCAUCCUGUGGCUUUUCAUCAGAGGACAAAGAGCUCAGCAGCAGCGCCCUGGACUUCAAGGUGUUGUCCCUGUGCCCUUAGCCAGGGGCCUAAACUGGGAAGAAACUGGACAUGGAGGAAAUAUGCUUGUGCCUCUUAACGAAACCUCAGUGGAAAACUUUCUACGCACCAGAGCACCUGUCCUGGCGAAGCUGCAGGUGCCCCGGGAGCAACUCUCAGAAAUUUUGCAGCUAAUUUACAACGGCACCUGUGGGCCCAUCUAUCGAGCCAAGAGGAACACUGGUGACUCUGGUAAAUCCAAGAGUGUUGUCCUCAAGACUUUAAAAGAACCAGCUGGACUCCAGGAGGUGCAGGAUUUCUUAGGACAAAUCCAGUUCUAUCAGUACCUGGGGAAACAUAAGAAUCUGGUCCAAUUGGAAGGCUGUUGCACUGAGAAGCUGCCGCUGUACAUGGUGUUGGAGGAUGUAACGCAGGGAGACCUGCUCAGCUUUCUUUGGAUCUGCCGCCGGGAUGUGAUGACCAUGGAUGGUCUUCUUUAUGAUCUCACAGAAAAACAGGUCUACCACAUCGGAAGGCAGGUCCUCUUGGCUCUGGAAUUCCUGCAGGAUAAGCACCUGUUCCAUGGGGAUGUGGCAGCCAGGAACAUCUUGAUCCAAAGCGACCUGACACCUAAACUGUGUGGCCUGGGCCUGGCUUACGAACAGCACACACAGGGAGCCAUCUCCUCUGUGAGGAUGGUGCCUCUCAAGUGGCUCGCCCCAGAGCGGCUUCUCCAGAGACCUGCUAGCAUCAGGGGAGAUAUCUGGUCCUUUGGGAUCCUGCUCUACGAGAUGGUGACUCUAGGAGCACCACCAUAUCCUGAAGUCCCUCCUACCAGCAUCCUGCAGUAUCUUCAGAGGAGGAAAAUCAUGAAGCGACCCAGUAGCUGCAAACACACUAUGUAUAGUAUUAUGAAGUCCUGCUGGCACUGGAGCGAGGACAGCCGCCCUUUACCCAGGGAACUACGCUUGCGCCUAGAUGCUGCCAUUAGGACUGCAGAUGACAAGGCGGUGUUGCAGGUGCCAGAGUUGGUGGUGCCUGAUCUGUACGCUACCGUGGCUGGCAUCAGUGUAGACAGCCUCUCCUACAACUACAGUGUCCUUUGAAGCUUCCUUCCCGCUGGAAACAUUCAUGAAUGACUGGAUGCUCGUGGAACCGGUUUUUUCUCCAACAACAAACAACAAACUUUCUGGCAAAAACUAGAGGAAUCGGACAAGGAUCCUGAAUCUUCCCCUUAAACAUUUCCUGAGGAAUCUAAAAUGAUGCUGGAUGAGGCUCUCCACACCCUAUGUCCUUGAGCUGAGACAUACUUUGAUUCCCUUGCUGUUCCAAUCCUAAAGAACUUGGGGGAAAGUAUGGAGGAAAAGUGUCACAGAACAGCAGGGAUCAGACAUCUGCAGUGUUUGUUGUAAAUGAGUUGGUAUCUUUGAAGAACGAUUUAUCUAGACUCUUACAAGCUCCAGAGAAACUAGAGUGAAAUGAGAAAGCAGAAAUCCCAGAGAAAGGGUGGAUGAGAAAGAAUAUAUGAUUGUAUUUGCUUCAGCAGAGUAGGUACAGACCAAACUCUCCUUCCAAGAGAAAGUAAGGAGGACAUAGAUUUGUUCAGCCUUGGUUCCCCCACGUAGAAUUCGAGGAUAACUAUGAAGGAAGAUGUUUGAAUAUCUCAUUGAGUCAAAUUAGGCAAAAGAGAAUUCCAUUUUUUCUAAUUCUGAGACAGGGCCCCAAGUUUGGCACUACUUUUAAUUAGCAGCUGGAGGAGCCAUUUCAUAUUUCAGAACAUUCAACGUGUAUUGGUCAUCAGGCGAACUUCCUACUCUCAACAGACCAAGAGUCGAAUUAGAUCAAUGAUGGAAAUAAUGUCUGUGUGUGUGUGUGUGUGUGUGUGUGUGUGUGUGUGUGUGUACCUCUGUGUAAUAAACAGGAAUUGUGAAAACCAAGCCAAGACAC